AUGCGCCUUCUUAAGGUCCAAGAUGGCAAAGUGGUCCUGACCAGGGAUCUCACAGACGACCUACCCCCUUAUGCCAUACUUUCACACACGUGGAGGCAUGAUGACGAUAUGGAGUUUUGCAGAAACCAGGCGGCUUCCGAUUAUCUUCAAUACUUCUGGGUCGACACGUGCUGCAUCGACAAAUCCAACAGCACUGAACUCUCCACCGCCAUCAACUCCAUGUUCCGCUGGUAUCAGGAAGCAACCAGAUGCUAUGUAUACCUAUCAGACGUUUCUGCCGACGCCUCUUCCGCCGAGACCCUGUUUGCGUGGGAAUCGGCAUUUCGGAAGAGUAAAUGGUUCACCCGAGGCUGGACGCUUCAGGAGCUUCUCGCUCCAUCAUCCGUCGAGUUCUUCUCAUCACAAGGUCAGCGGCUCGGAGACAAAAAGUCUCUAGAGCGCCAACUUCACGAAAUAACGGGGAUCCCAGUUGCGGCACUUCGCGGAUACCCCCUAUCUGACUUCACUCUGUGGGAGCGCAUGUCAUGGGCAAGGGACCGCACAACAAAAAUCGAAGAGGACAAAGCCUAUGCUCUACUUGGCAUUUUCGAGGUCAACCUGCCCCUUAUAUAUGGUGAGGGUCUUGAGAAGCCCGCUGACCAGACCUGUCUCUGGCUUUUUGAGCACGAGCUAUAUCAGGACUGGCUCCAUGGUCGAAAUCGAAAUGAGCAUCGCGGCCUCCUCUGGCUGAAGGGCAAGCCAGGAACCGGAAAAUCUAUUCUACUGAAAGAGGCGUAUCGCCGAGCUGCGCAGAGACAAGGCAAAUCAGAUUACUGCACUGCAGCCUUCUUCUUCAAUGCCAAGGGAGAUGAGCUGGAGCACUCGCCGCUUGGCCUUUUUCGCUCCUUGCUAUUUCAACUUUUGCCCAGGUAUCGAGAGCAUCUCCACCGUUUCCGCGAAACCUGGGCAGAAAAGAACCCCGUGCGGGCUGAGCAUGGAUCCCAGAGCUGCUCUUGGCGCGUGCCAGAGCUGAGAUCCUUCUUCGAGUCAAUGUUUACCCAGCCGACGACCAAGCGAGCCAUCAUUUUCAUCGAUGCCCUCGAUGAGUGCAGUUCGAAGAAUACACGGUCUCUAGCUUACUUUUGGCGGCUUAUCACCCGACACCUCUUCACUGUUACCUUGAGCGACUGCCCGAAUAUAUUCAUGGAGCUUUGCAACGACCAAGACAUCAAAACUUAUGUGGAACAAAGGUUGCAACUUGGAAUUGCCCAUAUGGAGCGGAGAUGGUACCUCCUGAGAGACAGGAUCCUCAGCAAGUCCUCUGGCGUGUUUCUUUGGGUCGUGUUAGUGGUGGACGACGCACUCAAGAGCUGGGAUGACGGAAAAGGUUUGCUGUUUAUGCUCAACCAGGUUACCAUUGUGCCUGGAGAGCUCGAAACACUAUUCUCUCAGAUGCUCUCAUCAAUCGACCCCAAAGACAGACAUUUGACCGCCCGAGUCUUCCACUGGGCUGUUCUAGCUGGAAAAACCCUUCGUCUUCACGAAUGGCACCACAUCAUGGCGUUCAGCAGACAACCACCACCCUCGUCUUUGCACGAAUGGCGCAUGUCGGACAGCUUUACCGAGACUGAAGACCAGCUAGAGAAGCAGAUCAGGAGUAUUUCGAAGGGCCUGAUCGAGGUGAAGGAUCCCUCGAUCUCGACUGCGGUGAAACUCGGGUCGUUCAAGUCAUACACGAGUCGGUACAUGAAUUCUUCUUGCGCGGCGAGGGGUUCUUCGUACUGGAUCCCAGCAUAG